AUGCCGAGCAGACCUUUUAUUGAGCUCACAAAUAUUGGUUCUGCGGGCAUGGUGGCUCCCUUGGCCGUCCCAGGUACCUGGUCACCGACCUUCGUCCAGGCUAACCGUGUACUUUUGGAUGGUGGCGACAUUCCCGUGGCCCCCGCUGUGACUUUCCACACAAUUGAGGUUAUGGGUCCAAACGAGUGCAAUGAAGUAUAUGAAGCCCUGCGUACGGCCACGUUUAUACUUGACCUGAUUCUCGUAUUCAUUCAUAUCACCAAUCAUUCUCCCUAUUCUUCUUGCCUCUCUUCCACCCAAAUCUUAUUUGAUUAUACUUCACGGUUACGGUUCCACGAUCUCUCCACUCCCAUCACUCCUCGAUUCCAUUGA